AUGGCAAACAAACUUGGACCAAUUGACGAAGCUUACUACACAUCUGUAGGAAAAACUGGAUGCCUCACAAGAGAAGCAGCAAGAAGAAGAAUACUCCGGAGAAUGAAAGAAACAGAACUAAAGGAUGAAAAGUCGUGUACUACAGCAUCAAAUUCCGACAGUAAACUGCCGCCAAAUAGCAAGGUUGUCGAGCCAGAGCACUUGUACCGAGGUAGUUCCGAAGAAGAAAGCAAGGACAAGGAGAGCGACUGCAAUAAAUUUGGCAGGGAUGGUCUAUUUCUGUUAUCAAAAGGAAAAAGAAAGACUAAAGAAGUAGUCGAGUGGGUCAAACGAAAGGGGCAACAAGAAAAAGAGGAAAUAGUUGAUCCUUUUGAUGACAGCGAUGGGGAUCAUAAAAAUGAAGUAAAACAGAAGAGAUCAAAGAGGAAGAAAAAGGACGACCAAAUCGACGAUUUCAUGUCAUUAAUGCCCACGAUGACGAAUGCUGUAACAAGGGCUGCUCUUGCCCACGAGAAGGCUGUAUAA